CGCCGAUACAAGGAGACCCUUGAGGCAGAAAUGCCUUCCCAUUUGGCCUCUGAUUUCCAGAAGGGAGUCUCAGCUCUGUGGGAGACAGCACAUGGAAGUUGGGCUGAUAAACAUCACCGCUCUGUCUCCAACCCCUAAAGCCAGCACAUGCCCCCCCCUAAUCCCAGUCUGACUGUGAUGUUUAACUUUUUAAAAAAGACCUGGACAGUUCCUACCCCUCGGUCCUGGAGGUGAUCCCCUCCCUCACCUGGUCCAUAAGCAUUAAAUAUGGAGUCAAUCAAGCCUCGUUCAGAUUCCAGCUCUCUGGACCUCUAUCUGAGCCUCGGUUUCCCCUACAUCUGAAAGAGAGUGCUCAUUUGGGGGAAUUCUUGCAGGCAGUAAGCCAGACCGGGUACCAGUGCCAUAGGCUCCAGUCCCAUGACUAGUCCUUCUGGAUGUUCAAUACUUUGUACCCGCGUGUGGAAACUGCCAUUUUCCCUGCACAUAAUUAAUAUGCUUUGUACACUGACUGGCAGCCGAACAUCGUGUGCUGUAUUUUGUCUUCCUCAGCGGAAAACGCGGGAGGGUUAUUUAUUUAUUUAUUUACUAUGUUUCUGUAUGAAAUUUCAGUGAUUUUUGGCUACUUCUCCUUUGGAGGCAGAACAUAAAAGACAAGUAAAGUUACAGGCAUCACCUCCUACAGAACCUUUGGAGCAGCGGUCAGACCACGCCCCGGGUACAAAUGCAGACGGUCCCUGCCCGGGCUGAGGGGCGGCUUUUGUUUCAGGUUUGAUUUUUGCUUAAAUCCUUGGCGCUCCAGGCUGCCUGUCUGUGCACCUGUGCGCUGCUAAGCUAGCUCCGGAUGCUGUGGGAGGAUGCUGUUAGCCAGGGGCCCCAGGGAGCUGAGCAGAAGAAGGGCCCCGUGGAACACUGGAGAGGAAGAGCGCGCUUCCGAGAACAAAAGAUGAAGGAACUGUUAAGACAUCCUUGUGCCGUGACCUUUUCGUGAUCUCUCUUUCCUGACAGUCCCUGCCAACAGCUCUCAUUACAGAGCACUAGACUGAUAGAAUCUAAGCUAUCCCCAAGUUCUCGCAGGUUAGCAGCAGCGCUGAGAGUUGAACUUGUCCACUGCAUGGAUCUCUGGUACCGAAACGUCUUGUUUUUCUAUCUUGAAGGCAUGGAGGAUGCUUAGGUCUGGCUACUUGCUGCUCUCCGCACCUGUAGCUCAUAGAAGCUGAAGGGCAAUAAAAGGCCAGUGGGUGGAGUGCCCUGAGCCUGCUCACCUCUCUGGGCCCAGGAAGAGCAACCAGAGGGCCCUGCCUUGAGGGCUCCCCUCUCAACAGGUCAUGGCACAAUGGUGGCUGAUCCUCCUGGGCUUGUGGACAGUCCUGCCCAGCUUGGCCGGGGGCAAGCUGCUCAAUGUCUGCAUGAAUUCCAAGCACCACAAGCAAGAGCCUGGCCCAGAAGACAAGCUCUACUUUGAGUGCAUGCCCUGGAAGGACAAUGCCUGCUGCACACGCGACACAAGCUGGGAAGCCCACCUUGAUGAGCCCUUGCUCUUUAACUUCAGCAUGACGCACUGUGGACUGCUGACCCCGCUCUGCCAUAAGCACUUCAUCCAGGCCAUCUGCUUCUAUGAGUGUUCCCCCAACCUGGGGCCUUGGAUCCAGCCGGUGGUGCCAAACAGGCAGGAAGAGCAGCGGCUUUGGGACGUGCCACUGUGCCUGGAGGAUUGUGAGGAAUGGUGGAAAGACUGCCGCACAUCUCACACUUGUAAAGCCGACUGGCUCCACGGCUGGGUCUGGGAUCAGGGGAAGAACGGGUGCCCAGCACACGCACCCUGUCUCCCGUUCUCGGAUUACUUCCCCACCCCCGCGGACCUGUGUGAGAAGAUCUGGAACAACACCUUCAAGGCCAGUCCUGAGCGCAGGAAUAGUGGGCGGUGUCUGCAGAAGUGGUUUGAGCCCACCCACGGCAACCCUAACGUUGAAGUGGCCCUCCACUUCGCGGGCUCUGCCUCAGCCCCGCAGCUCUCUUACUCCAUCACAGCCUUCUCUCUGUGCCUGUUGCUCCAUGCCUGAGCCCCAUUCCCUCGCCUACCCACACUUCCUGAUCCUCUGGGCCAUGGCCAUCUCUUCCCUCAGGCUAUUCAUGUUGGGGACAGGCUGGUGUCUGACUUUCCCAAGCUGCCCAGCGUCCCCUCCACUGCUUGGCUCCAUCUCCACUGGUCUGGAUGGCAGCUGGUACCCAGCAGACUACGGUGCCUCAUUUCUCCUGCCUUUAGGAACGGGCACUACUACAGGACUCCGGCACUUCUGUUCACAGCCAUCUCUUUUGUGACAUAUUCAAUGUUGACAGCCAGUGGACCUGUCCUAUCAUGGUACCUUCAAUAAAUGGCCAGGAAACUCA